AUAUUCUUUCUUUUGCUACGCCUCCAAUUGGCCCAGCUGGGAAUGCACAUUGACGAAGGCGACAUUCCCGAGUACCUGAGCAACGGACUGGAUCCGCAGAAGAAGCAGCGCAGCUGGGACUUCGAGGAGGAGGAGCAGGACCAGGAGCGGGACCAGGACCAGUGGCAGAUCCAUGCCUACAUCGAGUCGCAGUCGGGGAUCUGUUCCGCCGAGUCGCCCCACGAUGUGCGGUACGAGAAGAACGACCGGUGCAAGACCACCGGUUCCAAGAAGAUCGUCAAGGACGAGGACGAUGAUGAUGAGGAGGCCGAUCCUGCGGCCAAUGGCGAUGAAGAUGACAAUGACAGCGACAACGACGAGGAUGAUGACGACGAAGACGACGGCGACGAUGAGGACGAUGAUGAGGAGGGCGACGGCGGCAAUGAAAUGCAGCUGGAGGACGAGGCGUUUGUGGAGAGGAUCACCUGUCUACUGGGAUCCCUGCACAAGCACACCAAGGCCAUGAGCGAUAAUCUCAAGAUCCUGCAAUCGCGUUUGGGAACCCGAAAGAAUUCCCCAUCCCAAUCCCAAUCGGGGGGCAGCACUUGCAGGAAGAAUAACUUUGGCACCCUGCUCGCGGCUCACCCCACUCAUGCCAAGUGGCUCAAGAAACCGGAUUUCUACGGCGAGGAGGAGCCGUGUGGUCCGGACAAAUGUGAUGCCCCGGAGAGCUCGGAGGAGUUCGAGGAGGGCCGCCGGCCACAGGCUUUGGGUGAGGAGCACCGGCUCCUCGUUCCGCCGCUUUUGCAGCUGAUCCAAGGCUCGGCCACCUUGCAAUCGCACUUGAAGGACCGCCAGGAGGCCGCCGCAGGAUCGAAGCCCAGAUAUUGGAUGCCCUCGCGGGAAGCCUGGGCUCCCGAGGAACUGCAGGCCGCAUCGAAGUCGCCGGCCGCAGAUAAAACUCAGCUGCGCUGCGAGGACUACGAGGCGCGGCUGAGGCGUCUCAUGGACAAUCGCGAUGAAAUCGAGCGGAAUGUGAUGAGGAUGAUAAGUCCGCUGCACUAG